AUGAGUACUCAACAAAAAAUUAUUCUCAUCACGGGCGCCAACACGGGCCUCGGGCUCGAGCUCGUGAGGAACCUCCUCCAGACCGGGACACCAUACUCUAUCAUCAUCGGCAGCCGCAGUCUCGACAAUGCGACCAAAGCCAUCACACAACUCACCUCUGAGUUUCCGAGCACGUCUAGCACUCUGCACUCCGUUCAGAUCGAUGUUGCGGAUGACGCUUCAAUCGAGAAGGCUGCUGCAUGGGUGCAGGACAAGUUUGGCAAGCUUGACACCCUCGUGAACAACGCCGGCACCCAGCUAGAUCAGCAGAUCUCUCUCGGAAAGCUGUCUGUCAGAGAAGCCUGGAAUAAGACGUGGGACGUUAACACGACAGGUGCACACAUCGUGACGAUGACGUUUGCCCCCCUCCUCUUGUCCUCUGAUGAUCCCCGGAUCAUCUUCAUCGCGAGCGGCACUUCGACUCUGACGGGAUCGGAAAAUCUCGCCAUGCCCUUCAACCAGCCGCCGGCCAAGGGGUGGCCCAAGGCGACGAACUUGAUGUUCGACCUUCCAGCAUACCGGUGCAGCAAGACGGGGAUGAAUAUGCUCAUGCGGACCUUAGGCAGCGACGGGGUUAAGGUCUGUAAGAAGGGGCACGGGGCGCUCGACCCUUCGGUCGGGGCGACACUCAUCAGGAAAGUCGUAGAGGGCGAAAAGGAUGCCGAUGCUGGCAAGAUCAUUUCACUUCAGGGGAUUCAGCCCUGGUAG